AUGUGGAAUCCUCUAUUGGCAUUGGUGCUCAUAGUGCAACUAGCAAGUGCGCUUCAUUUCUACACAGUUCCAGGUGAAACCAGAUGUUUCUACGAAGAAUUGACAAAAGGUACAGUUGUCAUUGGUAAAUUUGAUGCUUAUGUCAAUUCCAGAGGUGAUGCUUAUGAAGCUGCUUCAAAUUUGAAAUUAGCCAUCACUGUUGAUGAAACCUUUGAUAAUGAUCAUAGAGUUGUCUCACAAAAGAGUUCUUCAAGCGGUGAUUUCACAUUUUCUGCUUUAGAUUCAGGUGAACACAAGUUCUGUAUCACUCCAAGUUAUGUUGACAAGAGAACUAAAGUUCGUGUCUUUUUUGAUUUGGUGUUGGCUGGUGCUGAAACUAUCGAUAGUAAAAGACAAGAUGAAGUUUCUGUAUUGACAAACAAAGUUAAACAACUAAGUAAUAAAGUACAAGAAAUUCAAAGAGAACAAAAAUUAAUGAGAGAAAGAGAAGCAUUGUUCCGUGAUCAAAGUGAAAGUACAAACUCUAAAGUUGUUCGUUGGUCCGUUAUUCAAUUGAUUGUGCUAUUAGGUACCUGUGCAUGGCAAUUACAGCAUUUGAAAGGUUUCUUCAUCAAGCAAAAAGUUUUAUAG